AUGUCGCGAUUCUGGGAGAUGUACGCAGUGUACAAGACCAAAGACCCGGCGACUCCCCUCGAGGAGACUGAAUGGGGCAAGCCAAACCCAACAAUUGCAGCGAAGUCGGAACAAGAAUUGAAGGAAUCCGACUUCAUCACCCUCAUAAAAGGCGAUGAAAAGAUUGCGCCGGUCAAAGUCCGCAAGGGCGAAGGUGCUUCCUGGUUGGCUUACUGUCACAAGAAUAUUGCUAUUAAGAUUGUGGGCGUCUUCGAUACCGUUGGCGCAUUGGGCUGGCCUGAGAAUAUCUUGUUCGAUGUCGCGAAAUGGAACAAGCCAUACAUGUUCCACAACACUGACAUUUAUCCUGAGUUUGAGAACGCUUUCCAUGCGCUGGCACUUGACGAGCGUCGUAAACCCUUUUCACCGACUCUCUGGACCAUACCAAAGGAAAACAAGACCACGAAUCUCAUUCAAUGCUGGUUUCCCGGUGUUCAUGUCAACAUCGGAGGCGGUAGUUCUGACGCGCUCAAGAAGACCGACAAGCAGCGUGGCGAUCUCGAGAAUAUGGCAAACACUACUUUCGCCUGGAUGGUAGACCGCUGUCGCCCGUUCCUGCAUUUUGACGAGAAAGCGCUGUCCUGGAUCCUGAUCGCCUACUUUGAUUCUCUAGCCAAGCUCAUCAGCAGAUCCGACAAGACAGAGAAGUCAGGCUGGGGCAUCGGACCAAUCGUGCCCACUACCGGCGGCAUCAACAACAUUGGUGGCUAUGAGGACCGUACUCCUGGCCAUUAUCCUGGCAAGAUCGAUUCUCGCGAGUACAUCCAUCCGGUGGUAUACCAUGCGCAAGCUGCCAAUACGGGUUGGAAAUGUGGCGCACUGGAAGGGUUCGUGCGCACGUCUCUUGGUCCAGGAAAAGGCUUCUCGUGGGUGAAGACUUACAAAGCCAAAAAUGACGACCAAGGGUGGCUGGAGUGGGCUCGUUCGCUCGGAAGACAGGCGAAGAAGACAGAGGCAGCGGUGACUGUCACGUUACCUGAGUUCAUCAUCCCCAAGAUGGUGAUUCAGCAGAGCGCGCACUCUGUGCAGCGCUAUUAUGCUUCCCCGUUAGAGCGACUUCUGGUGCUGAAGGGUUUCAAGCCUGAAUGGAAGGAUGAGUUGGUCAAGGAGGCUUUUGGAAGCGAUCGACAGUAUGAGGAGAGUAAGUUUAGUAUUGUGCAGGAGCAGGAGCAGACGGCUGCGAGUCAGUACUUGAAGCAACUUGAUACUGAUAAUGCGGCUACGAAGGAGAUUGGGCAGGCUGUCAAAUGGGGAACGCCACUAUAA